UGUGCGCAACUCCGUUGUGAAAACAUGUGCUUAUCCUAACCUCUUUUCUAACCUAUUUCGUGCUGUUUUGAGUUUUAUAACAAAAAUGUCAAAUUAUUGUUUUAUUUGUACUCAUCUUUUAACUGAAGGUCAAACUGUAACUGUUAAUCGUGGUAUGAAGACAUUGAUUAAUGCGAGUAUUGAAAGAGAUGAUGGAUUUUCGAAAUAUCUUAUAAAACAAAAAAGUGUAACAAUACAUGAGGAGUGUCAUAAAAAUUAUACACGAAAGUGUUCUAUUGCUGUACUCACCAAAAGAAAACACGAAGAACAAGAAGCCAGUACAUAUACAAGGUCAUCAGUAAGUCCUCCUCGUACUAGAUCACGUUUAAGUGAUUCAGCUUUUUCUUUUAAAAAACAAUGCUUAUUUUGCGGCAAUGAAUUGAAUGAAAAUUCUGAGAAAAAAAUCCCUACAUCGUCGCAGUAGCAUUUGUGAGGGUGUUUUAAAGUUUUUAUUGGAUCAUACGAAAAAUGAAGAUGUUGAGGGGCCGAAAAGCCAAGAAAUGGAUGUAGAGAAAAAACAGUUUCUUGAAUCAGCUUUAAAUACUAUGACCACAGACGUAAUGAAAGAGUUUCAGAUGGCAAUAUUUAUUUUAGAAAACCAAGAAUCAACAGUUGCUGACAAAGUUAAGGCUUUGCAUAUAAUCAGGGAGAGUAUUGACGACAUAGAUUUUGCAAAUAGUUUCGUGAACGCUGGUGGUUCUGUAUAUUUAGUUCAAAACCUAAAUCACAUAGAUUGUGAAAUAAGGAUCUUAACUGCCUACAUAAUUGCAGAAAUGUCACAAAAUAACCCAGUAUGUCAAAAACAUUUUGUUGAUGCAAAAACAAUUCCAGCGCUUAUAAGAUAUUUGAAUCAAUCGAAUGAAGUUGCAAACAGUAGCUUACAUGCAAUAUCAUCUUUAUUACAAAAUUUUGAACCUGGUAUAGUGGAGUUUCUGAACGUAGAUGGAAUACAAAUAUUAUUAUCCUGUUUGGAUGUAAGCAAUGCAAAAAUGUUUGAAAGAGUUUGUUUUUUAAUCGGAAAAUUAGCAGAGCGAGAAGAUUUGCGAGAUGAGUUGAUCGAAAAAUCAGCAAUUAUUCGGUUGAUAAAAUGUUUACCUGUGAGUUUUGAUGCAUAUAAUAGCAGUCUGGAGACGGCGCUUUAUGCACUUUCUGAACUUUCAAAAAGUAAUAAGUGGAUGAUUGAAGAAAGUCAAGAAGGAAAAUUGAAAGAAUUAGCUACUAGUGUUACUGAAAAUAUUACGAGUGUAGAAGAAUAUGGGUUUAUCGACAUUCAUGCGCAAUUCUUCGGAAAUUGGAGACACAUACGAAUUCAAGAUGAAAUGGUCCCCACUACUAAAAAUUCAAAGAUGAAAUGGUGUCACUUAUAAAAUUUUAAUUAGUCAUUAAAAGAGUUGUAAUAACUUAAAUAUAUUUGAAUAUACAUGCAUAAACUCAA